CCGUGUCAUAUGAUAAGUGUUUUUGAACAAGUAGUAGGAGGGGAAGUAGAGCACUUUCUAAUGUAGUUAGUUACCAUAUUUCCAAACAGCACAGAAACAGUUUCCCAUUGCCUCAUCGUGUGAGAGAAAAACAAGGUGUUGAAUUUGAGAAAGUCAUUCGGACUUUCAGACUAUGGCAGGCGGAUCGGUAUCGGAGUGCAAGGAAUACUUGUUUAAAGUCCUUGUCAUCGGAGAGUUAGGUGUGGGGAAAACCAGCAUCAUCAAAAGAUACGUCCAUCAGUUAUUCUCCCAACACUACAGAGCGACUAUUGGGGUCGAUUUUGCGCUCAAAGUUAUCAACUGGGACAGCAACACGCUGGUGAGGUUACAACUAUGGGAUAUCGCAGGUCAGGAGCGAUUCGGYAACAUGACGCGGGUGUACUACAAGGAGGCGGUGGGGGCAUUCGUGGUGUUUGACGUGACGAGGGGCUCCACUUUCGAGGCAGUGUCCAAAUGGAAGCACGACUUGGACAGCAAGGUGAAACUGGCCAAUGGGAYCCCUAUACCCUCGGUGCUGCUUGCCAAUAAGUGUGACCAGAAGAAAGAGAGCUCCAAAAACACUUCCCUCAUGGACAACUUCUGUAAAGAGACUGGCUUCCUGGGCUGGUUCGAGACCUCGGCCAUGGACAACAUCAACGUGGACGAGGCAGCUCGGUUCCUGGUGGAGAACAUCCUGCUGAACGACAAGGGCCUSCCAUACGAGGAGAGCAACGGAGACCCCAUCAAGCUCGACCAGGAGACAGUGGCUGCUGAGAUCAAGCCAGGCUGCUGCUAGCUCUGCAUCCACCUUCCCCCCUCCUCCCACUGGAUCAAUCAARCAAAUGUAUUUAUAAAGCCCUUUUUACAUCUGCCGAUGUCACAA